AUACGUGGCAGGUGAAUUGUGACCCGGAAGUACUUCUUGUUGUAACCCCUAACAACCGGAUGUUCCGUUAGCUAGUUCUCUAGUUUCUCUAGCUAGCUGCUAGCCGAGUCGGGAAGUUGCAAUAUUAUUACUAACAGUUGAAUCUUGAAGAAACGAUGCAGGGUAACGGGUUCUUACAAGUGAAUGUUAACGUGUCAGGAUUCCUCAUAUUGUGAAUCUUGAGAUUACCGGGCAGUUAGUUACCGAAGCUAGUUAGCUUAGCUUAGCUUAGCUUAGCUUAGCUUAUCUUAGCAUAGCAACCGUUGUCGAGGCCAAGAGGCUCCAACGUCUCUGGUAGUUUAACGUGGAUGUUUGGCAGCUGGCACCAGCCACAGGGACGUUUAUUCAUUUAACAACUAUUGUUAUCCAGCAGCUGCAGGUCGAGGGCAUGUAAUCUAACACGACGAGCACGAAUACAAGUCUGUGUUGAGAAAGUAGAGGUUGUUGUUGAUGGUUUUUUAGCUCAGCAGACAAUUAGCUGAAGAGAAAAGUGCAGUCAUGGACGAUUUCAGCUCGAUCAGCCUGCUGUCUCUGGCGAUGUUAGUGGGAUGUUAUGUGGCUGGGACGAUACCUUUAGCUGUCAACUUCUCAGAGGAAAGACUGAAGCUGAUCACUGUGCUGGGAGCAGGACUGCUGUGUGGGACUGCACUGGCUGUUAUCAUUCCUGAGGGGGUCCACGCACUUUAUGAAGAAAUCCUUGAAGGUGCACACCACAGCCAUGGCCAGGUUGGAGUCGUGGAAGCGUCCGAGGGGAAGGGCGAAGCAGAAGCGGUCCUGAGCGCUAGUGGAAAACAUGAACACACUCACGAGGAGCUUCACGCCUGCAUCGGAGUGUCUCUGGUUCUGGGCUUCGUUUUUAUGCUACUGGUGGACCAGAUAGGCAGCUCUCACGUACACAGCACUGAAGGUUUGGAUCCAGAGGCAGCAAGGGUCGCCUCCUCAAAAAUCACUACCACCCUGGGUCUUGUGGUCCACGCUGCAGCUGAUGGGGUGGCACUGGGAGCUGCUGCCUCCACCUCUCAGACCAGCGUCCAGCUCAUCGUCUUUGUGGCCAUCAUGCUGCAUAAGGCCCCAGCAGCGUUCGGCCUGGUGUCGUUCCUGAUGCAUGCUGGACUGGAGAGGAACCGCAUCCGCAAACAUCUCCUGGUCUUUGCCCUGGCGGCGCCAGUCCUCGCCAUGCUCACCUUUUUAGGCCUCAGUCAGAGCAGCAAGGAGGCCCUGUCAGACUUCAACGCCACUGGCGUCGCCAUGCUCUUCUCCGCCGGCACCUUCCUCUACGUGGCCACCGUCCACGUCCUCCCUGAGGUCGGGGGCGGCCACAGUCACGCUCCUGCAGGAGGGAACGGAGGGAAAGGACUGAGCAAGGUGGAGGUGGGAGCUCUGGUGCUGGGCUGCCUCAUUCCUCUGGUGCUGUCCAUCGGCCACCACCAUUAGACCCAGACCUUCAGGACUGAUUUAAGACGGGUGUACAGGGGGGAACAGCGGAGACAGAGACUUCGAACGUUGUGGAUCUAAAUGUCUUAUUGCUUGUUGUCUGCUGAUGGACCUCAUGGACCAGACUGGUGCUCGUUGCGGGGACAUCUUGUGACUCGAAAGAGGGACUGAAUGAUGUUAGGGAAAUCAGAGUUGCUGCAGUGACAAACCAAGGAAUACGACAAUGUUUUUUCUGAAGAACGAAACAUCUUACAGCUACUGUCUGUGUCCAUUUACUCCACCAGAAAUCUUUUUUCAAGAAAGACCAGAGGUGUUUAUUUCGAUCAGCGUGGAGUUUUCAGUGUUGCAUUAUCGUGCUUGUCCAAAGUCAAAGAACCAACAGUGAUGUUUUACUAGAUGGCAGUUGCUCCGUGAGAUUUAGAGUUGAAUAAGCCGGUGAUAUCAAGAAAGCAAACUCUUUUUUUUAUAAUUGUACAGCGUGUAAAUCUCUUGGCAACAAUCCAGAUUGAGUCGAGAUGAUUUUCAAGUGCCAUAUUAGCAAGUUGAUACCCGAAGAGAGACGGCGCCAUAAGGACAUUACAGUUUGUAGUAAACGUUCCUGACUUAUUUUCUUACCAACAGAACAAACUUUUUCUCACAGCCAACGACGAAGCAGGAUGAGAGAUCGGUCCGAAUAACCAGCCAGAUAACAGAUUUUGCUCUGGCUAGUGAGUUUGCUCUUGUUUCUUGGCCCAAUGGGAAGCCCAUUUAUGACGAGUACUGAUGGUGUGUCUCUCCCGCGGACUAGUUUGCUCAACCAGACACAACCAGCCUUCACGUAUCGCAACAUGAACUGUCACUUUAAUUUAAUCCGUUUAGUUUCUGGACGUGUUUAUUUUCGUUGGAGAAUAAUUAUAAAUAGAGGUUGGAGGAAUAAAAAAAUCUGUAUAGAAUUGUCUUAAGUGAUUGUAUAGAGCGCUACUAAGGUUAUUUCGAGGUGUAGGGUUAUUUCAGCAGCUCUGAAUGAGUGAUUUGCCUUACAGAAGGCAUUAACCGGAUGAAAACGUUUAGGGACCAUUGGCUCAGGAGACAUAUUACACAUCGAGGGUGGUGAAUUAUGAACAAAACUUUAAUUUUUUUUGCCUUUUUAGUUGGUUUACUCCUCUUUAGUUAAUCAUACCUGAGCAAUAAUCAUACAAAGUCAAAGAGAGUCUUCAAAACGCUUGUUGUGUGAUUCAGAUAGACGCUCUUGAACACAGCCCUGCCCCGACAUCCCCCCCCCGUUUCUGCCUCAGUACCAUUAAUACAGUAACCGGUUGAUGCAUUAACAUGUACGCAGGCUGCUCCCUCUUCUACAGGACAGGUGGAUAUUGUGAGUGUUACUGGAUCACUGUGCCUGCUCACAGCAGAGCUCAUGUAUAUGUAUGUAAGUAUGUUUGUGUACUGUACAGAGUAACUUCUUCCUUCCGCAAUCAUCAUGAUCUCUUGUGUGAGAUGGAACUGCUUACUCACAAAUACAUCUCUUUUUUAAAUUCUUUAAUUUGAAUUUGUGGACAUGGAUGGUUCUGACACCAGAGGAGAGUCUCUUGUUUUAUGUAGAAAUUGAACGGUUUUAUAAAACUCGUCAAUUAAUUCCAAGUUAAAUGAAGAGAAGAGGAAACCCGCCGUGAUGUUUUAGAGAGAGAAAGGAGUGGGUCGCAUGCAGACCAGCAGCUGCAUGACUUUUAUUUUUUAUGGGACGCUGUAUGUGUGUGUGCAAAAGGGAAAACACCCCACUGUGUUGCUUUACAGACAGAGCCCCAUUAUGUGCCAGUUCAUCUUUUUAAACAUCACAAUCCCUGCUUAGAUUUGGCGUUUACAUGUUUCCCAUCCUUACAAAAACAUUAUAUUAAAUGAGGCCACUAGUAUACGUGUUCAUGGCUGCAGCUAAUGAUUAUUAAUAAUUCUCUUUAAUUGCUUGGUCUAAAAAAAUGUAAGAGAAUUCCCAGAGUCCAACCAAUGGUCCAAAAAACCCAAAUAUAUCCAGUUUACUAUCAUAGAAGAUGAAGAAAUCCAGAAAAUAUUCAUAUUUGAGAGGCUGGAACCCAUGAAUGUUUUGCUAUUUUCUCCUCUUUAAAAAUUGCUGAAACAAUUAAUCCAUUAUCAAAAUUGUUGCAGAUAAAUUUUCUGUCGAUCGAUUUCAUUGCAGCUUUAAAUGUGUUAUGUGCAUGAUUUAUCCAAAGCCUUUGAAGCCCCUGAAAACAGUUUAAAAUUAUAAGUAUUUCUUUAUGAGAUUAAAUAUUCAUGACUAAAUAAGCAACAAUCAAAGUUUGGAAAAAACAUCCUUAACUAUUAUAUAUCAAGAGCUUAACGCUCAAAAUGAAUGGAAGUAUCUGACACAACCGAUUUAGUCCCUGAUCUGUUUCAUUGGAAUCACACUAGGAAGAGAUAUCAUCUUUUUUAUAUACUUUAUUGCAGGAGUUAACAUACAUUUACCUUUGCUUACAUAUGAUGUUCAUAUAUAUGCAAUUAUUUUAUAGCAUUCAUAAAAUGUUAAUGUUUUAUAGUGGGGAAAAAAAUAUAAUUGCAAGAUAGAGAAUAUAAAAAAGAAGGGAUAUCUCCACGGGCAAUAUGGUGGGAGGAAUGAUUACUUUUGCAGUGUACCUGAGUGUUCUUUUAAAGAAACUUGAAAACAUGUGAAUUUGUCCUUUGAAGCUAAAUCAACCAACUGGAUUAUCUGAAAAAUGCAUCGUCACAAAACUAAAAACAGGGCUGUUUUCUUUAGCUCGUGAAAAGUCGAUGUUUUGGAGAUACGUAGUUUUCAGCGGACAGCGACAGGGUUAUACGGUUCAGUUUACAGCUCCUAAUGUGAAGAAAUCCAGUUCUUGAGCAUGUGUUUACUAAUGUUAGUUAAAGCGUUUUUUAUUGAACGAAUAUGAAGCUUCAUCUUUGCACUAUGAGCAGUCAAGAUACUGGUGUUUAGUGGUAGUUUGACCAAUCAUAAUCAAGUUUGUGGUGUUUGUCUGAUCAUCUUAAAUAGAGUUGUACCGAUACAGAUACCAGUAUCGAAAAUGUGUCCGAUACUUCCCAAAAUUCGGGAUCUAGUAUCGGCGAGUACACCGGUCUAUGCACCGAUCCGAUACCAUCAUUUAUUAACCCAGACAAAAAGCAACUUGUUUAACCGGAAAUCAAUUCUUCGUGAGAUUGUUAAGGUUAGGCGUUGACCUUAAACGGUUAAGGUUAGGAUAGGUCGUCAGCAGUGAGUCUCGUGAGAGUUUUUAUAAGUUUUUGCAGAUCUCAGAUCAGAUUUCGCAGUUUGGGGGCUUCCUUCUAGACACAAACCUGUGCUUUCGCCUUGGAUGUAUCAUGGCCGUCACUGGCAACUACUGUUUUAGAGCAGCAAAGAAGAACUGAUUGCAGGUAGUUUGUCACGUGAUGAUAGCUAACAAUAACAGUGUGGUGCUAGUGGAGAGUCUAACGGUAACUAAUGGUCGUCAGAGCGAGGAAAAUAUAGUAGUGUAGUAAACAGCUGUUAAAAAAUAACUACAUAUCGGAUCGGUACUCAGUAUAGGCCGAUACCGCAAGUUCAGGUAUCGGAAUCGGUAUCAGGAAAGAAAAAAUGUUAUCAGAACAUCUCUAAUCUUAAAAUGCAAUAACUUCUUUUACAUUUAAUCACACAGGCAGCAUCACAUUUUGAAAGCGUCUGCACUUAAACAUCUUCGAUCAAACAUGAAUAUAAAUUGAGAAAGUUAAACUGUAGAAACUCGUUAAACUGUCAGAUCUCUGCAGGAGGAGUCUGAUGCCUCUAUCACACAAACAGGAAGAGAUGGCGGCACAUUCUGGGGCUGAGGGGAGGUUUCAGUUUGGAUCGGGAGAGAUUCAGGAUCAUAUUUGUAAUAGUUUCAGUGGGGUUUCAGUAGGUAUGUCUUUUCUUUUCUCUGUCAUUCCAGGAUGAGUCUGCCUUAUUUCCAUACUUUUGAUUGUGAAAAUCAGUUGUAAAGCAACGUGUUUUAUGACGACUAAAUUAAAGUUUUUUAACUGGU